AUGGAGCAGUCACCGAGUGGCAGCAGAGACCGCAGCGGUAGCGGCCGACCCCACCUGGCCCCUGGGCUGUUGGCUGCGGCCCCUCCGUCCCCGUCCCCGGCGUUGCCGGUACCUUCGGGGAUGUCCAUUCCUCCAGCUUUCCUGCGGCCUCCCAGCCUCUUCCUGAGAGCAGCCGCGGCCGCCGCUGCCGCUGCCGCAACGUCCGGCGGCGGAGGCUGCCCGCCGGCUCCCGGGCUGGACAGGGCAGUGGGCGCGGCGGGCUGCGGCUACCCGCGGACGCCCAAGUGUGCCCGCUGUCGCAACCACGGCGUGGUGUCGGCGCUCAAGGGCCACAAGCGCUUCUGCCGCUGGCGGGACUGCGCGUGUGCCAAGUGCACGCUGAUCGCCGAGCGCCAGCGCGUCAUGGCCGCCCAGGUGGCGCUGCGCAGGCAGCAGGCGCAGGAGGAGAGCGAAGCCCGGGGGCUGCAGAGGCUCCUGUGUGCUGGACUCCCCGGGCCCGGGGGUCCAGCCUCCGGCGGCUGCGGCAGAACUGAAAAUCCCCAGGCCACGGGCGGCAGGGCGGCGGCGGCUGCGCCGGGACGGUGUGCCUUGCGUCAAGCUUGUGGUCUGGCGACCCCGGCUUUCGAGGUUUUCCCGCAAGAGUAUCCUGGGGCAAAACAAGGACAAAAAGAGAGGAAAUGUGAGUCAUGCCAGAGUGGACAAGAAGAACUGAUUUCCAAAUCCCAUCAACCUUCCCUGGAAUCAUCUCCUAGGUCUAAUGGUGUCAUUGGGAAACAAAGCAUAAAGUCAUCUAUUUCAGAAUAUUCAAAUAAGCAGGAUAGCAUCCUAUCUCCUUACCCUGGGGAGCAAUCAGGAGGUGAAGAGAGUCCCAGGUCCUUAUCAUCCUCUGAUCUGGAAUCAGGAAAUGAAAGUGAGUGUGCCAAAGACUUUACUGCUACCAGAACGAGCCUUCCCACAGUGUCCUCAAGACCAAGAGAUCCUCUAGAUAUCCUUACUAAGAUUUUUCCAAGUUACAGGCGCAGCCGGCUAGAAGGCAUUCUACAGUUCUGCAAAGGGGAUGUGGUCCAAGCCAUUGAACAGAUUUUGAAUGGGAAAGAACACAAGCCAGACACCAGGAACCUAGCAAGCUCAGGAGAACUGGAAAAUACAGCCUUUCAGAGAGCUUCAAAUUUUAGUUUAGCUGGAAUUAGUUUUGGAACUCUAGGUAAUAAAUCAGCUUUCUCUCCUCUUCAGACCACUUCUGCUUCUUAUGGAGGUGAUUCAAGUCUCUACAGCUUAAAUCCUAGACUAGGUAUCAGUCCAUUACGACUGACAUACUCUUCUCCAAGAAGAGGGCUAUCUGGUUUUAUGUCACCCUAUCUAACGCCUGGGUUGGUACCUGCCUUGCCUUUUCGGCCAGCUUUGGAUUAUGCCUUCUCAGGGAUGAUUAGGGAUUCUUCCUACCUUCCCAGUAAAGAUGCGAUAACUGGUGGUAGACUGUAUUCCAGACUGAAUCAGGACAAUCUGUAA